UGUGAUGUCCACGUAUGUGAACACACCAGGUCUUAGGAGUGUUAAUGAACUUUUGACAUAUGCUCAUAAAAAUCAUUAAAAAAUGACCAUUCACAUAGUAGCUGCAAACUGAUGAUGCAAGAAGGCUCUAUGGCAGCACUGCACAGACACAUGGGAACACAGCAUGGUGUAUUUAGAAUCCAUGAUAUGUGUCACACUUUCAUUUCAGUCUAACACAAGACUGAGACUAAGAGAAAAAUAACACAUUAUAGUGUCAUCAAUCUAAAAGAGCAUAUAUUCAUGUUGUGAAUAGAUUAACAAUACUUCAUUUUUAACUCCUAUUAUGUUUAAAUGUUAUGCUAGUUUGUUAUACUGUAUAAUACAUUCACAGAAAAUUCAUUGACAGUUACAGAGGAAGAUUUUUUUUCUACAGCACCCCUUAGCAGAUUUACAUGAAAAUAUAAUCACAGACACUUCAGAAUUAAGGUAAACUUUAGCAGUGCUUAGAGACAUAUCAGUAAUUUGUUUAUUGUUGGAAAUAUGCUUAGGAUAUUGGAAAACUGUAAAACAAAAAAAGUCUAAUCAUUAAUUUAAUGAUCAUUGAUUUGCUUUUACUUUAAUUUUGUAUUUUAUUGACAGUAAUAGCAUAGAAACAAUGUUUUUUAUUCAACAUUACUAAGAAAUAUUUGUUCCCAUGGUGUAGCUGACAUAAUAAUCUGCAACUUCUGUUUUAUGAAACUGAUUUCUUUGAACAGAACUCUGCACGUGCAAAAAGGUUUUCAGCAUGAAGGACCUUCCUGUACAAAAUAUUACAUAUACAGACUUUAAACUGAAUGGUUUCUAUAGUUUAGGAGAAUGGAGGCCUUUUUUAUUCAUCCCUUUCUUUCUUAUGUUUGUAUUGUCUACAUCAGCAAAUUCUAUUCUCAUAUAUUUAAUCAUAUCUCAGAAGUCUCUGCAUUCACCUAUGUAUGUACUUAUAGGUUUUAUGUGUCUUUCAAACUUAAUAAUGCCCAUAUCGUUUGUACCCAGCAUGCUUCUAAGUUUUUUAUUUAAUUGGAGUGGGAUAUCCUUAACUGGUUGUGUGAUACAAAUGUUUUGUAUUUAUUUUACUGGUUCAUUUAAUACUACUUUGCUAUUUUGGAUGUCAGUAGACCGUUACUUUGCAAUAUGCAAACCUCUUUAUUAUCAUAAGUACAUGGAAAUAAGCAGUUUCAUUAAGUUUGUUAUUCCACCAGUAACGAGAAAUGCACUACUGGUGAUUAUAAUGGUCUCUCUGGCUGGAAAACUGUCAUAUUGUACAAAUAUAAUUGAUCACUCUUUCUGUGAACACAUGCCAUUGGUUCAGCUGGCAUGUGGUGAUAUAUCCCUUAAUAAUUUUGUAGGUCUUUUGAAUGCUUUUGUUAUACCAGUUACAGAUUUUAUUCUUAUUACUGUUUCUUAUAUUGUGAUUUUUACAUCUGUGUUCAAAUCUGGUAAGGCCCAUUUAAAAGCUAUUAACACCUGCAUAACUCACUUAUUUGUUUUGACAGUUAGUUUCAUAUGUGCUUUAAUUGCAUUUUUGAUAUACAGAAUAAGGAAUAAUAUUUCUUCCAGCAGCCGUAUAUUCGUAAGCAUCUUAUACUUACUUGGUCCAAGCUGUUUAAACCCACUAAUAUAUGGAUGGAGAACAAAAGAAAUAAGACAAACAUUUCUUAAAUUCAUAAACAAUGUUAAAGUUUUGCCUUUUUUAGAAAAAUAAAUUGUUUGUAUAAAUUAAAGGAUCUAUGUGUGAUAAUACAGUGAACAUGUGAUUAUAAAACAAGGUGCUA